AUGGGCCUCGUCCCGGCACCGAGCCAUCCUCCGCCUUACGAAGCUACGUCGACAGUGGCGGCUACCACUUCGUCCUCCUCCUCCUCCUCCGCUGCCGCUGUCCCCUUUGCCCAGCAGCAGCAGACGCCUCCUUCGCAGGGCCACACACCUCAGGGUCACCAAUUGCUGGCUCCGACCACGUACCAGCACCCGUCUCUCCAACCCGCCGCCGCGCAGCAGACCCCCCACGGUACCCAGGCCCAGCCGCGCAGUGUGAAGCGCCCGCGCCCCGUCAAGUCAUGCACGGAAUGCAGGAAGCGCAAGCUCAAGUGCGAUCGCCUGUGCCCCUGCUCCCAGUGCCAAAAGUCCAACAGGGGCUGCCGGUACGCCGCGGACAAUGACUCGAAUCACAACUUGUCCGACGCCUCGGACGAGGAGGGCACCGAUGCUGGGUCGACAGCACGCCCGACGAAGCGGCUGGCUACGGACAUGCGCAACGGGGGUUCCAUGGGCACACCAGGGCAGCAGCAGGUCACGGCGGCGCAGACACUGCCAAUCCUCGAGCAGCUAGUCACGAGGAUGGAGAGGAUAGAAAAACAUCUACUAGGCUCCAACUCGCCCGAGACGACGAGCAAUCAUACCGGUGGGAGUGCCAGGGGGCCACCGGAAAUCGCCCCUGCGACGGCCAGAGGGCUGUCCAUCAAGCAAGGUGGUUACAGGACGCGAAUCUACGGGCCGUCGAGCCCCCGGGUCAUGCUGAAUCUGUUCCAGGAGGCCCAGGACUUUAUGCGGCACCACAACAAGGACCCCGAGAUGCGCGAGGUCUUUGCGAGCUUCAAGAAGCUACACAAGCUCAUGCGGACCGAGUUUACAAAGUCCAUGAUGCCCAUUAGCGUUUUCGUGGACUCGAUGAUGCCGGUGCGCAAACGGAUGGUGGACAUUCUGCCGCCCAAACCCGUCUGCGACCGGCUCGUGCGUGGCUAUCUGGACAAUCACGAGACGCUCUACCGCAUCAUCCAUGCGCCCUCCUUCAUGGCCCAGUACAAUGCGUACUGGGAUGGCACGCUGCAGCUGGAGGCGUUUCUCCCCAAGCUCCUCGCCAUCCUCGCCCUGGCGUCUCGGUACGAGACCAAGUCCAGGGGUCUGGGCCGUGAGCGGUCCGAAGGCGCCCACCUGCCGACGGCGUGUGCACUGGUCAGGCUCUGGCUGAACAAUCUACAGGGGAAAAUCCUCGCCGAGAUAGACACUCUGCAGGUGGAGGUCCUCUGGUUCGCCAUCGUCCGCUCCUCGCGGGAGCACCCGCGAGACGGAUGGGCGCAGCUGGGUACGAUUGUCCGCAUGGCCCUGGGCAUGGGCCUCCAUCGAGAUCCAUCCGAGUUUGGGUCCAGGAUCACGCCCUUUAAUGGGGAGAUACGGCGGCGGCUUUGGGCUACGAUUAUCAACCUGGACAUUUACGUGUCCAACGACUGCGACAUGCCGUCGACGCUGCACGAAGAGUGCAUGACGACGAAGCCACCUCGGAACCUGGAUGACGCCGAGAUCUACCCGGAGAUGGCGGAGCUGCCCCCGUCGAGGCCCUUUGACCAGGUGACCGACAACCACGCGCAGGCGUACGCGGCGACGACCCUCUCGCUGCGGAGGAGGGCGGUCAGCCUGAUCGCGCGGCUGGACAGUGUCCGCGACUGGAGCGAGAUCCUCGACGUGGCGGGCCAGCUGGAGAAGCACCUGGAGCACGUGGACUACAUCCUGCCGCGGUACCGACCGACGCCCGACUCGCGCAAGGCGCGGCGCUGGCGGUGUCGCGGGCUGCUCGACGCCCACAUCCGCACAAUCCUGAUGAACCUGUACCGGCCGUUCGUGCUGGGGUCGCCCAGCGCGCCGCCGCAGGCCGUGCGUGCCUACCUGCGCCACUCGCUCCAGAUGGUACUCGGCAUCGAGGAGCUGGACCCCAGCAUGCCCGAGUACGAGGAGGUGGCCGACCUGUGCCACUCGGGCAACAAGAGCGCCGCGAUGCAGGCCGCGCUCAGCCUGUGCUACUACAUCCGCGCCCAGAUGCGCGAUGCGCAGUCCGACCCGGCGGCCAUGGCGGUCCAGCAGGCGCUGUCGGCGGCGCCGGACCCGUCUGACCUAGACCCGACGGCGCCGCAGCUAAUCCAGUCGGUGGAGAGGGUGAUUGGGUUCCUGGUCCAGAACAUCAAGUGCGGCGACACCAAGGACAUUAUCUGCCUCUCGCUCGUGCUGGAGAGUGUGCGGACGCCCGAGCCCCGGCCGGACGAGAUGGCGCACGGUCUGCGUGUCGUCUUGGAUCAGUGUCUGCGCGCGGCCAACUGCAGUCUGGAGAGGUUAGCGACGGCGCAGCCCGCGUCGUCGUCGUCGCAGCAGCAGGCGUAUCCUGCCGCGAAUGCAUACCCUGCGUCGGGGAACCUGAUGGGCUCCCUGGCUGAUGAGGACGGAUGGAUGUUUUGGGACGGAUGGGGUGAUUGA